AAUUAUGUUCUGAAUUUAUACUAAACAAUUACAAAUCAAAUAAAAGUUGCAAGGGGAACGAAGCUUGGAUAUAAAUAACGAGUGCAAAUAUUGCAGACUGCAAUUAUGACGGGUCUGGGGAUGGAUUUCGAAGACGAUUUUUUCUUCGAGGAGGAUAAAAUGUUGGUUAUGGAAAAUUGAUUUUUACUUAGCUGUAAUUUGUCACGCUGCAUUACAAUUUUAAUGUGCUUCCUUUAAUGAUUAUAAUAUGCAUGUCUGGAUGCCACGGUGCGGUGGAAUCACAAUUUGACAAGUGAUUCGACCUUGUCCACGAAUAGCAGCAGACUUGAAAAUUCGAGCAGAUCAACUUUGAAUAAAGUUUUUAUUGUUCUUACCACCGUACCAUCGGCUAACAUCGAAUUGCACCAAUUAGCUAUGAUGGAAGAUCGCAUACCAGACAUAGAACUGGUCGCACAAGAUCAAUAUAUACAGCAGAAACCUGUCAAUCAAAUGGGUAUGACAAUUACAUCUGGGAAUGUCAUAAUACAGAAAGACAGCAGUAAUCUUAUUGGUAUAAGCAUCGGCGGUGGUGCACCGCUAUGUCCGUGUCUGUACAUUGUACAAAUCUUUGACAAUACGCCUGUCGCUUUAGACGGUACUCUUCAAGCAGGCGAUGAGCUUGUGGCGGUGAACGGGGCGUCAGUGAAAGGCAAAACUAAAGUAGAAGUCGCAAAGAUGAUACAAUCUUGCGAUUCGCAAGUCAGCAUCAAUUACAAUAAGUUACACGCCGAUCCAAAACAAGGUCGUACGCUCGACAUCGCUCUUAAAAAAGUGAAACAUAGACUGGUCGAAGGUAUGGGUAGUACUACGGCGGAUGCGCUAGGACUGUCACGAGCUAUUCUCUGCAACGAUGCCCUCGUCCAAAGAUUGAUGGCGUUGAAACGUACAGAGAAUUUCUAUAGAGGUCUAGUUACGCACGCCAAAGCUACGUUACACGCUUUUUUCGAUCUGACACAGAUUUACAAAGUAUUUGGAGACGCGUUCGCUGCUAUAGGAGUGCGAGAACCGCAGCCACGCGCCAGUGAAGCUUUUAGACAAUUUGGUGAACAACAUAGGCAAAUGGAAAAGUUUGGUGUGACAAUGUUGAAGACCUUGAAACCUAUAUUGAACGAUCUGGGAACAUAUCUCAACAAGGCUAUACCAGAUACACGGUUGACCAUCAGCAAAUAUGCGGACGCGAAAUUUGAAUAUCUGUCCUACUGUCUGAAAGUAAAGGAACUGGACGACGAAGAGCAGAGCUGCGCUGCUCUUCAAGAACCUCUCUAUCGCGUGGAAACGGGCAAUUAUGAGUAUCGAUUAGUAUUGCGUUGUCGACAAGAAGCUCGCGCGAGGUUCGCGAAGCUGCGUUCGGACGUGUUAGUAAAAUUAGAGUUGCUAGACAAUAAGCAUGUUCAGGACGUCGUAUGGCAACUGCACAAGUUCGCGGCCGGUCUGGCCAAGUAUUACGCUAGUACGCGAGAUCUACUGUCAGCGGUGACGCUAUUCCCGGUCGAAGUUGAUCUAUCGCAUUCCGCGUUUCAAUAUAAAUCUACUGGGCCGCAAACGUUGACGGAUUCGAGCGAAGAUAUCGAAGAGUAUGAAUCGGAAGAGAAGCAGCGCAAUACAAACGAAGAACUCCUUAUCGAUACAUCGAGUUUUCCAUCAGAAUCAACCGAUAAUACAUAGCGAUAUUUAUAUUACUGAGCUUUUAAAGAAUUUUACAAGUUAAAUAAGGUAAUUUUUUUAUAUAACAAUUGACAAUGUAUACAAACUCUCUUAAUUUAAUUCCAAUUGUUAUAUAUCAUGUCACGUGAACGAUGUAUUCUUGUAUGCAUAUAUUUCUCACGAUUGUGGUAAAUAUAGAAUUCAUUAAUUUUUCGCUACGUAUUACAAUAUCACUAAGUGCAACAACUGUAUUUAAUAUUAUUGCAUUGUUAUUUGUUUUACA